AAAAAUAUAACAAGUAUUCUAAAGGACAAACGUUUCAGUCUUCAUCUUCAGUGUCACUGUAGAUGUUUGUAGAGAUCCUAGAUCAGUCUGUAAGACUAUUAUUAUGACAAUAUUGCGCGUAUAGCGAUCGCAUAAACACGAGGGAUCUCGACCUGAAAGGAUGUCGGAGAACGAUCAGCAUAUCAACGUCUUCGUGCGCAUCAAGCCCGUAAGCAAGACAAGUACGUUGGAGAAAUGCGUGACGAAGGCAGUGUCAAACAAAGAGAUAAUAAUCUAUGAGCGAUCGCAGGAUGAACAAGCGUCCAAGAAGUUUUCGUUCGAUGGUGUUUUCGGUCCCUCGUCAACCCAGCUCGACGUGUAUAAUGCGGUGAUCAACCCGCUAUUAAAGGAAGUCAUCGCCGGAUACAGUUGCACAGUGUUUGCCUACGGCCAGACUGGCACCGGCAAAACGUACACGAUGGAGGGUGAUUACGCGAACAAUUUGAACUGGCAGAGCGACACAUCCGCGGGAAUAAUCCCACGCAGUCUCGAUCAUCUUUUUGACGAACUGCAGCUGCUGGAGAACCAGCAGUACGCCAUCCGAGUCAGCUUCCUCGAGCUCUACAACGAGGAACUGAUCGAUCUCUUGACGAACAACAAUUCGCCGUCCAAGAUCAAGCUCUACGAUGAUAUCACGAAGAAGGGCUCGGUCAUUAUCCACGGGCUGGAGGAAGUGACAGUCCAGAACAAGACCGAUAUCUACAGAAUUCUCGAGAAGGGUUCGAACAGACGGCAUACCGCGGCGACGAUGCUCAAUUCGAACUCGAGCCGCUCGCACACGGUAUUUACCAUAAUGAUAUGUACGAAGGAGAACACCAGCGGUGGCGAGGAACUUUUAAAGACGGCAAGACUGAACCUGGUGGAUCUGGCCGGUAGUGAGCAAAUCGCUAGAUCCGGAGCAGUCGAUAAAAGGAUGCGUGAGGCCAAGACGAUCAAUCAAUCCCUGCUGACCCUUGGCCGGGUGAUAACCGCCCUCGUGGAGAAGACGCCUCACGUGCCAUAUCGCGAGUCAAAGCUCACGAGGCUUCUGCAGGAGUCGCUGGGCGGACGAAUGAAGACUUCGAUCAUCGCGACCGUUUCGUCCGUCUCCACUAAUCUCGAGGAGACCCGAUCAACGUUGGAUUAUGCUCACAGGGCAAAGAAUAUUACUAAUCGUCCCGAGAUCAAUCAGAAGGUCUGCAAGCGAGAGCUGCUGAGAGAAUAUACCAAGGAGAUCGAAAGCCUGAAGAAAGAUCUGUUGGCAACGCGUGAGAAGAAUGGUAUAUGCGUAUCGUACGAUGACUGCGAAGGCAUGCGGACGUUGAUCGAUCGUCAGAGGAAAGAACUGCAGGAAAAGAACAAUUAUUGUAAAGUAUUACAAGACACUUUGGAGAGUAAAGAGAAAAUAUUUAACGAUUUUCAAUCACAAUAUGAUGCUCAAGUGAACGAGUUGACUAAAACCAUGACCAAAUUGAAGGAUGUGAAUGGUACUUUACAAAUGACGAAGAAGAUGUUGAAUCAAGUAAAGCACGAGAAAAACGCACACGAACGAUUCGUGGAGAAGUAUGUUCAAAAUGAAAAGAUUUUGCUCCAUCAAAUAGAUACUGUUUUAGACGUGGUAAAUGAGGCGUCUGAAGAUGCGCAAAAAUUACACGACAAACUUGAUCGUGAAACAAAAACCGAGGAGAAAUACGGAAAGGUUGGAUUGCAAAUGAUGGAUGAUAUUACGGAACGCUGUGGAAACAUCACAGACUGUGCUUUUGCUUAUGAGAAUGAAAUUCACAGAUUUCUCAAUUCUCUAAAAAAUCAAGUUGAAACUCACUUAGCUGAACGAGCUAAGAAUAUAGAGACAUCGAUUCGCACAAUCGUGAAUCAUGCAAUUUAUCAGCACGCUGCCGCAAGUAAAGAAUUAAAAACUGACAUAAAUACUUCGUAUACUCACUAUCAAAAAGUGUUAAGUACACAUAUGAAAGAUGCAUCCAAUGUUAUUGAAAAUAAAAAUGAGCUGUUCAUCGAUAUUUAUUCGAAAUUGGAACCAGAUAUUAAGAAUUUAUUCGAAUCAAACUACGAAAAUAUUAAGCAGAUUAUACAAUCGUUAAGGACGAAUAUUACUAAAAAAUUAGAGGAUGUGUCAAUGCAGACAAAAUAUACCAUGGAUACAAUCUGUAAAAAUCAUCUGGAAAAAUAUCAUUGCCUGAAUAAAAGUUUAGGCGAAAUUAGUGAAAGUAUUAAGAUAAUUUCUCAAAAUAAAAAACAAAUGUUUGAAUCAUACAAAGAAAUUGAAAUGAAAAUGAAGAACAUGUCACACGGACUUAAUAUUUUAGAUAAUUGUGAAAAAAAUUAUUCCAAACUCGUUAAUGCUUCCCAUCAAAUCGAUAAAGCUUGCAGUAAUGUAUACGAUCAAAUUUCACACGAUGAAUUUAAUCAAAAUGAUUUGAAGAACUAUCUACAUAUUCUUACACCCUCCAUUAACAGUGAUAUCGAUAGUGGCAUUAAUCAGGCACAAAUAUUAAAUAAAACAGCUUUUGAAAAUAAAAAUGUCUUGAUUAUCGAUCUACAAGAACGUUUAAAUAACAGUUAUUUUGUAUCAAACCAACACAACAACAAGGUGCAAUUUACUGGAAAGCAAUUAAAAGAAAAAAUGCACAAAAAUGAAGAAAAAAUUCUUAUUUCGGGUGCUAAUAUCUUUCGAAUGGUUGAAAACAUGAGUGAAGCUCACGUUACCUUUAUGGAAAAGCAGAAAAGCAAAAUUUCAGAUGUUUCCAGAACAAUAGAGAGUAAUUUAGUGAAUCAAUGUACGGAACUAAAUAACUACAAGAAUAAUAUAAUCGAAAAAUUGAGCGAAUCACAACGACGGAUUGACGAAUUUGUGUCCGACGCGAACUUCUGGCGCACAAUUCCUACAGGCACAACGCCAGAAAAAAAAAAUUUUUCAUAUCCUCGUGAAUUUGCAACAAUAUCGCUGUCUGAACGAAUCUGUCAAAGAUUUCAAGAAGAUCGCAAUGGCUUAGAUGAAGAAAAUAAUUUAGAUCCAACAUUUAAAUUAUCCAAAUUCGAAGUGUCAUCUAUUGAAAAUCGUACAUUGUUUACGUCUACACCAUAUAAAAGUCCGAACACUGUAUAUCCAAAUACUAACAAUUCUGACUAUCCAAAUACUAGCAAUUCUUUUAUUGCAACUGUAUCCGCAACAGCUUUGUCCCAAACUUUAGAGCCUUCCAAUAGUUUGCGUGCAGGUACAUAUAUAUUAUUCAAAUAAAUAAAUAUGCAUUAUUUGAAUAAAUAAAUAUGCAUUAUUAUAUGCAAAAAUCUAUAUUAUCUGUUUUAGAAAAGUGAAAAGUAAAGAAUCUGGAUUCUUAUCUUGGCUGCUAGGUUUCUCAUUAUAUUUAACUGUAAACUUGUACUAUCAAGACAUGAGGUGCAGCCGAAGAUGACGAAAUGAUCACUUCGGAUAUUUUUAAUAUUUUAUUUAUAUUUAUUAUUAAUACGUAGGAAUUAUAGCUAAAAUAUUGCUAACAGAAUAAAUGGCAAAUAAAUAUCUUAAUAAGUAGAGAUCUCUGUAAACUAUCACUUUCAAGAUGUUCAGUGUUUUAUUUUGCCAGCUAACAUUCUUUAUAUGAUUACAUGUAUUAUGAAGUAAUUAGUGUUUCAGAAAAUUAAGAAUUUAACUAACAAAAUAAGAAGUUGAAUAUCUCGGGAAAUAAUAGAUUGCAGACUAUCUUUAUUAGAAUUUUUAUUAUUGUUUUUGUAACGUUUCUCAAAUUUCAAGUAAAAGUAACACUAUAUAUAUAUAUUUCUUCAGUAAAUCGCUAUCACUUUCUUUUAAAGCACAUUGUAUCACCAUUUCUUGUAAACUGUGUGUCGAGAUCAAUAAAAUAUCUCCA